GAAACAGCGCAAUGAGGUAAGACGCGGUUGGUAUUGGACGAUCCUUUUGUGGCACGACACGAGAGGAGGAUUUUCUUGUUCUUCAACUCGGCCUGCCAAAAUCCUUCUUCUUCUUUUCUUGCUUGCAUCUUCCGCUGCCUGCAACCAAAACCCACAGCAUCAAUUUUGUAAGCAAGGAAUAAAGCAUCGUGAUUUUAUUGGAGGACGCGUUGAUAAACGGAACAUUAUGGAGGAAGUGACGGUGGCAAGAUAUUGGUGUCAUAUGUGCUCUCAAAGGGUCAAUCCCAUCAUGGGAGUGGAGAUGAAGUGCCCAUUUUGCCAAAGUGGAUUUGUUGAAGAAAUGGGUAACAACCCCGCCGGUAGUGGUAGCGACCUUCACAACACCCCAGAACCUGAUUUUGGAUCCGAUCGGGCUCUCUCCCUCUGGGCACCGAUCUUGCUAGGCAUGAUGGGAAACCCGCGUCAUCGUAGAAGACUGAGCCUGAGACGGUUAGAACUUGAUGAUGAUGAUGACAAUGAUUAUGGUAAUCGUGAUGAUGUUGUUGGUGUAGCACGCCAUGGUGGAGAAGCUGAAUAUGAUAGAGAGCUUGAGUCCAUACUUAGGAGGAGAAGGAGAAGCUCAGCUACCAUUCAACAACUGCUCCAAGGCAUAAGAGCUGGACUGGCAUCUGAAUCAAACGAGAAUGCUGACAGUGAUGACCAUGGUCAUGCGAGAGAAAGGGAAAGAGAGCGUGUGAUCUUGAUCAAUCCCUUUAAUCAGACUAUUAUUGUUCAAGGCUCCUAUGAUUCAAACCGGGAUCAGGGUGAUAAUCAUGGCCCCAUUGGGUCUCUAGGGGACUAUUUCAUAGGGCCUGGUUUGGAUUUGCUGUUGCAGCAUUUGGCUGAGAAUGAUCCCAACAGGCAAGGAACUCCACCGGCACAGAAGGAGGCUGUUGAAGCUCUUCCUACUGUGACCAUCAAUGAUAAUUUGCAGUGUUCGGUGUGUUUGGAUGAUUUUGAAGUGGGUUCUGAAGCUAAAGAGAUGCCUUGUAAACAUAGGUUUCAUAGUGGAUGUAUCCUUCCCUGGUUGGAGCUUCAUAGUUCAUGUCCAGUUUGCAGGUUUCAAUUGCCAGCAGAUGAAUCUAAGCAAGACUCUGAUGUGUCAAGGAAUAGCGGUAGUCAAAGGGAGGGUGAAAAUGUUGGACAUGAAGACAAUGCUGAAGAAGUAGAUGAUGAUGUUGUAGGGAGAAAUGGAAGUGGGAGUAGAAGAUUCUCAUUUCCAUGGCCUUUCAGUGGAUUGUUCUCCUCAUUAAACUCUUCUUCAUCUUCUAGCCGCCAUGGAAACGGAGAUGGUACUCAAUCAGAAGACAACAACUGAGUUUUCUUGCAUAUAUGUGGUGUUAUUCAUCAUAUGCUGCCUUGCUUAUGUACAGAGUCCUCCAAUUAAAGGAUCAAAUGUUGAGAGAACAAGUUAUGAUUUUUCAGACGUCUUUGGUUUUGCUAAAUUCUGUGGGGCAGUUGCUAUAUUUCCUUCAACUUCUACCAUUCAAAUUGGUGUCUGUAUAAUAGUCGUUGGUGAUUUUAUUUUCCCAUAUCGUUAAUAUGUAUUGCAUUGAUAUGUAUAGAUUAUAUAUUAAGCCUGGCUCUUAAAUUUCAUACUUGUAAAAUUAAUUUUUAUAGGCCAACUCAUGGAUUAUAUCCGUGAAGGCCCUGUUGCACUUAAA